CUUCAAUAAAGACCUGCAGAUCCAGCCAGCCAUCAAUGUCCAUUUCAAUGGCCGCAGACUUCCAACAGAGUCUAAACACAAACUUUACCAUCUAUAAUUCUUUGCUUAAAUUAACAUUUUUUACCAUCUAUAAGUAAUCGUUGAUCCAAGUUUUAUCUAGAUUUUAGAUUUUAUUCCCCCAGUUCAUUACUUUCUUUUCUUUAGGUCUGCCCCCAAUUCCACGCUCCACUCUCUUUCUCAUCUCUUUUAGCUCAGAUCCCUCUAGUUUAUUUAAAACCCAUUUUGUUUCUACAAGAAUUUAUAUAAUUGUAGCAGAUCCUACGUUGUUACAGGUCAGAUUCUUGAAUUAAAGCUCAUUCAUUUGAAAUGCUUAUAUAUAUAUAUUAGAACCAGUUUCGUAUUGAUCAUGAAUCAGAUUAGAUCUCUGCUUAUUUCGUCCAAAUUCUUGCACAUAAUUUGCUACAUUUUUUAGCAAAUAGUUUAAACGAAAGUUCAGAUCAUUGUGAUUUUGAUAACCCAUUUAUGUACUCUUCAAUGAAGCGCGCUCUGCGCCCACUAUACAGCAUCCUGCUACUCAUAAUGGUGGCAACUACUCUCACCGUCCGGGUUAUACUCCAUUAUGGGUCUAUCCAGCUGAAAUAUGACGCCCCACUUUUUAAAAGCCCGGAAAAGCCAGUGUUUAACGCGACUCUUUUGAAAUAUGCUUCGAUUGAUAUUGGUGAAUCACAGUUGAAGCAAGAGAUUGAGGAGUUAUUAGAGGGGAAUUUUCGAAGGCGUGGUCGCCAGAGAUCCUUUUUGUCAUCUAAGAAGUAUAAUAUUGAUGUGAGAAUGAAGCCAGCUAGAGGCAUUUCCGUACAGCUCCGGUCGCCAGAGUUUUAUCGCCUGUGGUUGACUUUUAGGAGGUAUUUGAGUGAUUGGUCCCGAAAUAGAAGGUUUCAGUUAGAUGCAUUGUUGGAGUUGGUGAAUGGAGUUAAGGUUCCGCUUGAUAAAUACAAUGGAAAUAAGGUGUUGGGGAAGAAAUACAAGAGUUGUGCUGUGGUAGGGAAUAGUGGUAUUUUGUUGCAGAGUGGAUAUGGUGAAUUGAUUGAUAGUCAUGAGGCUGUAAUUCGAUUGAACAACGCAAGGACAGGGAAGAUAUUUGAACAAAAUGUGGGCUCGAAAACUAGUAUUUCUUUUGUGAAUAGUAAUGUAUUACACUUGUGCGCGCGAAGGAAAGGUUGCUUUUGCCAUCCCUAUGGGACAAAUGUGCCUAUUAUCAUGUAUAUGUGUCAACCUGUGCAUUUCUUCGAUUAUUUGGUGUGUAAUUCUUCACACAAGCCACCAUUGGUCAUUACUGAUCCACGGUUUGAUGUAUUAUGUGCUAGAAUUGUGAAGUACUAUUCUUUGAAACGGUUUGUAGAGAAGACAGGGAAGGAUGUCGUGGAAUGGGGGGCGGCUCAUGAAGGAGCUAAUUUCCAUUACUCCUCUGGUAUGCAGGCUAUUAUGCUUGCAUUGGGGGUUUGUGAGAAAGUUAGUGUUUUUGGAUUUGGGAAGUCGGCAUUGGCAAAGCACCAUUACCAUACCAAUCAAAAAGCUGAGCUUUCUCUACAUGAUUAUGAUGCAGAAUAUGAUUUUUAUCACGAUUUGGUGAAGAAGCCACAGAUGAUACCCUUCAUCACAGACAAGUUUCAAUUUCCUCCUGUUGUUAUGUAUCACUGACAUUUACCACUGUUAGCUAGAGUGAUAUACAACAAUGUUUUGUGUUCUUGCUUGGCUGUUCAUUCCAGUAGUGUCCCAUGGAAGAAAGUUCGUUGUUCAAAGAAAAUUGUUUUGCUGUGCAGCCCUGUACUAUCCAAGAUAGUCUUGAUGCACGUGUAAAAUUGUUAUCAAAGCGCAUUGUAACUUUUGUUUCAUGAAUUGGAAUUUCUUAUAACAUAUUUCUUCGUAUUCCAUUUUGGGAUAUAUCAUAUGAA